CUCUCUCUCCCUCUCUCUCUCCCUCUCUCCCUCUCUCCUUUUUUUUUUUGCCCAAAAAAAAAAAGCCAUGACGGCUCUCCCACAAUUCAUCUUCCCUGCGCCAUCUUUGUAUUAUUUCUAAUUUAUUUUGGAUGUCAAAAGGCACUGAUGAAGAUAUUUUCUCUGGAGUCUCCUUCUUUCUAACCCGGCUCUCCCGAUGUGAACCGAGCUGCAGUUCACCAGCCGCCGCCGCCGCCGCCGCCUCCUCCUACUCCACAAACCCACCAUGUCUCGCCGCAAGCAAGGCAAACCCCAGCACUUAAGCAAACGGGAAUUCUCGCCCGAACCUCUUGAAGCCAUUCUUACUGACGAGGAGCCAGACCAUGGCACGUUGGGAGCCGCCGAAGGGGACCAUGACCUUCUUACCUGUGGGCAGUGUCAGAUGAACUUCCCUUUGGGGGACAUUCUUAUUUUUAUUGAGCACAAACGGAAACAAUGCAACGGCAGUCUCUGCUUAGACAAGGCUGUGGAUAAGCCACCUUCACCCUCACCGAGUGAGCUGAAAAAAGCAUCCAAUCCUGUGGAGGUUGGCAUCCAGGUCACCCCAGAAGAUGACGAUUGUUUAUCAACGUCAUCUCGAGGAAUUUGCCCCAAACAGGAACAUAUAGCAGGUAAAGAUGAGCCCAGCAGCUACACAUGUACAACUUGUAAACAGCCAUUCACCAGUGCAUGGUUUCUCUUGCAACACGCACAGAAUACUCACGGAUUAAGAAUCUACUUAGAAAGUGAACACGGAAGCCCCCUGACCCCGCGGGUUGGUAUCCCUUCAGGACUAGGUGCAGAAUGCCCUUCCCAGCCACCUCUCCAUGGGAUUCAUAUUGCAGACAAUAACCCCUUUAACCUGCUCAGAAUACCAGGAUCGGUCUCCAGAGAGGCUUCGGGUCUCGGCGAGGGGCGUUUUCCACCCACCCCCCCUUUGUUUAGUCCUCCACCGAGACAUCACUUGGAUUCCCACCGCAUAGAGCGCCUGGGAGCGGAAGAGAUGACCCUGGCCACCCACCACCCUAGUGCCUUCGACAGGGUGCUGCGGCUGAACCCCAUGGCCAUGGAGCCCCCGGCCAUGGAUUUCUCCAGGAGACUCAGAGAGCUGGCGGGGAACACGUCCAGCCCGCCGCUGUCCCCGGGCCGGCCCAGCCCUAUGCAACGGCUACUGCAACCAUUCCAGCCAGGUAACAAGCCGCCCUUUCUGGCCACGCCCCCCCUCCCUCCUCUGCAGUCCGCCCCUCCUCCCUCCCAGCCCCCGAUUAAGUCCAAGUCCUGUGAGUUUUGCGGCAAGACGUUCAAGUUCCAGAGCAACCUGGUGGUCCACCGCCGAAGCCACACGGGGGAGAAGCCCUACAAAUGCCACCUCUGCGACCACGCGUGCACUCAGGCCAGCAAGCUCAAGCGCCACAUGAAGACCCACAUGCACAAGUCGUCCCCCAUGACGGUCAAGUCGGACGACGGCCUCUCGACGGCCAGCUCCCCCGAGCCCGGGACCAGCGACCUGGUGGGCAGCGCCAGCAGCGCCCUCAAGUCCGUCGUGGCCAAGUUCAAGAGCGAGAACGAGCCCGGCCUGCUCCCGGAGAACGGGGACGAGGAGGACGAGGAGGACGAGGAGGAGGAGGAGGAGGAGGAGGAAGAGGAAGAGGAGGAGGAGGAGGACCUGACGGAGAGCGAGCGGGCGGACUACGGCUUCGGCCUGAGCCUGGAGGCGGCCCGCCACCACGAGAACAGCUCGCGGGCGGGCGAGGAGAGCCGCUCCCUCCCGGACGUCAUGCAGGGCAUGGUCCUGAGCUCCAUGCAGCACUUCAGCGAGGCCUUCCACCAGGUCCUGGGGGAGAAGCAUAAACGAGGCCACCUGCCCGAGCCCGAGGUCCACAGGGACACUUGCGACGAAGACUCGGUGGCCGGGGAGACGGACCGCCUGGACGAGGGCGCCGUCAACGGGCGGGGCUGCUCCCCGGGCGAGCCGGCCGCCGUGGGCCUGUCCAAAAAGCUGCUGCUGGGCAGCCCCAGCUCCCUGAGCCCCUUCUCCAAGCGCAUCAAGCUCGAGAAGGAGUUCGACCUGCCCGCCGCCGCCAUGCCCAACACCGAGAACGUCUACUCCCAGUGGCUCGCCGGCUACGCCGCCUCCAGGCAGCUCAAAGAUCCGUUCCUCAACUUCGGGGAUUCCAGACAAUCGCCUUUCGCCUCCUCCUCGGAGCAUUCGUCGGAGAACGGAAGCUUGCGCUUCUCCACGCCCCCCGGGGAGAUGGACGGAGGGAUCUCAGGCCGCAGCGGCACGGGAAGUGGAGGCAGCACCCCGCAUAUUAGCGGCCCGGGCCCCGGGAGGCCCAGCUCAAAAGAAGGCCGGCGCAGCGACACCUGUGAGUACUGUGGAAAAGUCUUCAAGAACUGUAGCAAUCUCACUGUGCACAGGAGGAGCCACACGGGGGAGAGGCCUUACAAGUGUGAGCUGUGCAACUAUGCCUGCGCCCAGAGUAGCAAACUCACCAGGCACAUGAAAACACAUGGCCAGGUUCUGCACACACCCCCAUUCGGCGUAGUGUCCAGAGAACUCAAGAUGUGUGGCAGUUUUCGGAUGGAAGCUCAAGAGUCCUUAAAUUCUGAGAAAAUAUGAAGCCUUUGGGGUACGCCUGCUGCCUACCCAGCACCAGAAAGUGGUCCGUCAUCUUGCUAGUUUGUGAUGUUUUCUGACAGUAGCCUCCAAGAAGCCGUCGUGUGAAGACCGAAUCCUGCGGGGUCCCUCCUGCCUGGCCCCCUGCAGCCCCAUUUUAUUUAUAUUUUUUAAUAAAAACACAUUUGGAACAAUGAAUCAGUCCCAUGUUAGAAGGCUUCUCAGCCGCCACUGGUUCCAAGUGGCGUGGAAAGAAGCCUUUUGAAACCAGCCAACUUAAUUACCUGUCCUGUGGAAAAGAGCAUGAGGAAUCCCAACCCGUUGUUUCUAUACAUUAUACGUUGUCUUUUAAAAAGUGUGCUUAACAUUGACACAAUAAAUGUUGGAGCUUUA